AAUUGGAGUCUUACGCGAAACAGGUGGACGAGAUUCAACAUUGGGGUGAUAUAGGAGAAGUGUACAAAUAUCAGAGAAGGGCACAGACUUUAGAGAACCGACUGAUCGCCGCCAUGGAGAAGAUCGAUAAGUUUAACGAAGAAGAAGCAUCGUUUGGCUGGGACAUAACGCAAUAUCCACGUCGUAAACAGAUCGCUGAUCAACUGAAGCCCUUCAAACUACUCUUUGACGCGAUUUGUGACUUUUUGACGAAGCAGGAUAAGUGGUUAAACUCAAUGAUCGGUUCUUAUAAUCCGGAGGACAUCGAUAACGACGUAGGAUACGCGUUCAGAACGAUCUAUAAGCUGGAGAGAAGUUUUCAAGAGCCAGCUUUGAGGCAGCUAGCAGCCAGUGUCCGGGAAAAAAUCGAGGACUUCAGGGAAUACAUGCCGAUCGUUUUUACGCUUGGUAAUCCAGGAUUAAAGGAUCGCCAUUGGGAGCAAAUUUCGGAGAUCAUAAACAUUCCGAUAAAAGUCGAUCCCGAUUUAACAUUGGCGAAGAUUCUGGACAUGAAUUUAGGCAUAUACGUCAGCCAGUUCGAGAGCAUCUCGGACAACGCGUCGAAGGAAGCAACCUUGGAAAGAGCCAUGGAUAAGAUGGAGAAGGAUUGGGCCGAUUUAUACUUUACGGUGAACCCUUUCAAGGAUACUGGUACCUACGUCAUCGCUGGUGUCGACGAUAUACAACUUCUUUUAGACGAUCACAUCAUUAGGACAGUUACUAUCAAGAAUUCGCCGAACAUAAAACCCUUUGAAGCAAGGAUACUGAGAUGGGAGUACAAACUUCAUUUGCUGCAAGAUAUUCUGGACCAAUGGCUACGCGUACAGGCAAUCUGGAUGUACCUGGAGCCGAUCUUCACAUCGCCGGAUAUACAGCAACAGAUGCCAGAGGAAGGAAGAAAAUUUUCCGCGGUGGAUAAAACUUGGCGUGACAUUAUGAAGACCGUCCACGCGGAUCCUCGCGUUUUCGUUGUCGUCGAAAUCGAUAAAAUGUUGGAGCGGCUAAAGAAGAGCUACGGAUUACUAGAAGACAUCCAAAAGGGUCUGAAUGAUUACCUCGAAAGAAAACGACUCUUCUUCCCGAGAUUCUUUUUCCUGUCUAACGACGAGUUGCUGGAAAUUCUCUCUGAAACUAAGGAUCCGACUCGGGUUCAGCCACAUCUAAAGAAAUGUUUCGAGGGAAUACAUAGAUUACAUUUUAACGAGGACCUCGAAGUGGUCGCUAUGGUAUCGACAGAGGACGAAGAGGUUCGACUGAUAGAGACGAUAUCCACAGCUGCUGCCAGAGGACAAGUAGAGAAAUGGUUGAUCGAAUUGGAAACGGUUAUGCGAAAAAGUAUACGAAAUGAGGUGCUGCUAGCGAUCCAGGCGUAUCCUACUAAAUCGAGGAAGGUCUGGGUGCUGGAAUGGCCAGGGCAAACGAUUCUUUGCGUUGGUAAAACAUACUGGACUCUACGUAUAGAGGAAUCGAUGCCGUACGGUGUUCAAGGGAUGAAGAGAUACUUGGAUCAAUGUCAGGCAGAACUGAACGACAUUAUAUCGUUAAUCAGAGGCAAACUUUCGAAACAGAAUCGCAUCACUCUUGAAGCUUUAGUUACGCUGGAUGUCCAUGGGAAAGACGUGCUUGCGUCGCUUCACCAGGAGGAAGUGAUCAAGAACACCGAUUUCAAAUGGUUGUGUCACUUGCGUUACUAUUGGCUGGAAGAAAACAUGUGGGCUUAUAUGAUAAACUCACAGCAACGUUAUGGUUAUGAGUACCUUGGCAAUUCUUCAAGAUUAGUAAUCACUCCCUUAACGGAUAGAUGUUAUCGAACUCUAUUCGGCGCUUUGAGCCUUCAUCUAGGCGGUGCACCAGAGGGACCCGCCGGAACUGGUAAAACAGAGACGACGAAAGAUCUUGCUAAAGCAGUAGCAAAACAGUGCGUCGUCUUUAAUUGUUCCGAAGGCCUCGAUUAUCUCGCAUUAGGAAAAUUCUUCAAAGGACUGGCUUCUUGUGGCGCCUGGUCUUGUUUUGACGAAUUCAAUCGAAUCGAUCUCGAAGUGUUAUCAGUAGUAGCGCAACAAAUUUUAACGAUUCAACGAGCGAUAAACAGCGGCGCUGAGAAGAUCGUAUUCGAAGGCACGGAGAUCUUUUUAGAUCCAACGUGCGCCAUUUUUAUCACGAUGAAUCCGGGUUACGCGGGGAGAUCAGAGUUGCCGGACAAUCUAAAGGCAUUGUUCCGUCCUGUGGCCAUGAUGGUGCCGGAUUACGCGCUGAUCGCCGAGAACACGCUAUACUCCUAUGGCUUUUAUAACGGUAGACCUCUAGCUGUAAAAAUCGUCACAGCUUACAGACUUUGCUCCGAGCAGUUGAGUAGUCAGCAUCAUUACGAUUAUGGUAUGAGGGCAGUGAAAUCUGUCCUCGUUGCAGCUGGCAACUUAAAGCUCAGGUAUCCUGACGAGUCUGAAGACAUCCUCAUGCUAAGAAGUAUAUUGGAUGUUAACCUGCCAAAAUUUUUGGUUCACGAUCUGCCUCUUUUCGAGGGCAUCGCUUCAGAUUUGUUUCCCGGAGUCGUUCUUCCACCGCCAGAUUAUACUCACCUAAACGCGUGUACGAUGGAUGCGUGUACCGCUGCUAAUAUUCAGUGUACUGAUUUCUUUUUGGAGAAGAUACAGCAGAUCUAUGAGAUGAUGAUCGUCAGACACGGUUUCAUGAUCGUUGGUCUACCAUUUGGAGGGAAAACCUCGGCUUAUAGAAUAUUGGCCGAUUGUCUUGGUUUGUUAGAGGAACGGAAGCUGAUGGACGAACACCGGGUGGAGAUAACCGUUAUCAAUCCAAAGGCGAUCACCAUGGGUCAAUUAUACGGUCAGUUCGACCCGGCCUCGCACGAAUGGAGCGACGGCGUGCUCGCUGUCAGUUACAGAGCUUUCGCGACUUCCACCAACCUGAAUAGGAAAUGGUUGGUCUUCGAUGGGCCGGUCGACGCCCUGUGGAUCGAGAACAUGAAUACUGUCCUGGAUGACAAUAAAAAGCUCUGCCUGACCUCCGGGGAAAUUAUCCAGCUAGCGCCCACCACGAACUUAAUUUUUGAGCCUAUGGACUUGGAGGUCGCGUCACCUGCCACAGUGUCAAGAUGCGGUAUGAUUUACAUGGAACCAGUUAGUUUAGGUUGGAAACCAAUUUUGCUCUCGUGGUUGAACACUUUACCAUUGUCUUUCACGGAGCAUCUUAAAAACCAUUUGCACGAGAUGUACAUGAGAUUUUGUCCUCCACUCCUGCAUCUGCUUCGUUGGGGAGUCAAGGAAUUAAUAACAAUGCAAGACGCUAAUAUGGUUAGGUCUGUGACAUACUUAUUCGAUUGUUUCCUCGACGAGUACCACGACGAGAAGUAUCUCCAAACUCUAACAGAUCUAGAUUUAAGGGCACAAGUGGAGGGUUGCUUCUUCUUUUCUUGUAUCUGGGCGUUGGGCGGCACGUUGAUGGUGGACUCCCGUGAAUGCUUCAGCGAUCUCUUUAGAGCAUUAACAGAGAGGGAAUUCCCCGCCGAUGUCAGGGAACGUUUCAAUGUUUCCGAAGAAACCACCGAUCCAUCCAAACCAUACGUAGUAAAUUUACCAAUGACAGGUUUGGUGUUCGAUUAUAAAUACAUCAAAGAAGGUAGAGGCAAAUGGAGACCUUGGAUGGAUGAUCUAAAAGACGUUCCAGUAAUACCAAAAGACAUACCAAUGAAUCAGAUAAUCGUUCCCACGAUCGAAACUGUUCGUUACUUUCAUCUGUUUAAACUGUUAAUUUGUCAUCAAAAACCUAUCCUUUUGGUCGGUCCGACGGGUACCGGGAAGUCAGUGUACAUCAUGGAGUUCUUAUUGAAGAAGAACGACCCAGAAAUUUUCAAACCUCUUUUCGUAAUAUUCUCCGCGCAGACUACUGCCAAUCAAACCCAAGAGAUCAUCAUGAACAAAUUGGACAGACGAAAGAAGGGACUAUAUGGAGCUCCGCCAGGAAAGUAUUGGGUUGUAUUCGUGGACGAUAUCUCCAUGCCACAGAAGGAAGAGUACGGAGCACAGCCACCUAUAGAGUUGUUGAGGCAAUGGCUGGACCAUUGGACGUGGUACGAUUUGAAGGAAGUGACGCCUAUACAACUGGUGGACGUUCAGCUGGUUUGCGCGAUGGGUCCUCCAUCCAGCGGAUUGGACGUCACGCUACGGUUCAAGAGACACUUCUUUACCCUAGGAAUUUCCGAAUUCUCUGAUGACGUUCUCAAUACCAUCUUCUCCACCAUCGUGACAUGGCACUUUACGAACAAGGAAUUUCCGGACUAUUACUUUCCUAGUGUCGACUACAUCGUGAGCGGAACCUUAGAUGUUUAUAAAGAAACUAGAGUGUUUCUUCUACCGACACCGGCCAAAUGCCAUUACUUGUUCAACUUACGAGAUUUUUCCAGAGUGAUUCAAGGAGUGCUACUGUGUACGCCUGAAAGUGUCACUAAACCUGCGAGUUUAAAGCGUCUCUGGGUACACGAAGUGUUGCGCGUUUAUGGUGAUCGGUUGGUAGACGACCAUGAUAUUAAGUGGCUCGUCGAGCAGAUACGAAGGACCAUGUUAGAAUAUAUGGAUGACAAUCUGGACCACCUGUUUCAAGAUUUACUUACUGCUAGAUCUGGCACAGUACAAGUAGAGCUUCGAAAUCUGAUUUAUUGUGACUUCUACGAUAUAUUGGCGGAUAAAAAGCUAUAUUCCGAAGUGGAGGAUUUAGACCACUUGGCAAUCGUAGCUGAAGAAUAUCUUGCUGAAUAUAAUUCCAUUUCGAGGACACCGAUGAAUCUCGUUCUUUUCAGAUUCGCCGUAGAACAUCUAUCAAAGAUCUGUCGCAUAAUGAUGCAGCCUCGAAGUCACGCGUUAUUAAUCGGAGUGGGCGGUUCGGGGCGCCAAUCGUUAACGAAAUUAGCAGCUCACAUCUCAGAUUACGAAUUGUUUCAAGUGGAAAUGUCUCAACAGUAUGGUCUAUACGAAUGGCACGAAGACGUAAAAGACAUUCUAAAAAAGAGCGCAGCCAGCGAUCUGCACACAGCUUUCCUGUUUUUGGAUACACAAAUUAAAGAAGAGACUUUUCUGGAAGACAUUAGCAAUCUUUUAAAUUCCGGAGAGGUUCCUAAUAUAUUUGCACCUGAUGAAAUAUCCGAUAUUUGCGAGAAGAUGCGAGUUAUCGAUCGUCAGAGAGAUAGAUCCUUGCAGACAGACGGCAGCCCCGUGGCUUUGUUCAAUUUCUUCGUACAAACUGUUCGCGAACAUUUGCAUAUCGUGGUCACCAUGUCGCCUAUUGGUGACAAUUUUCGUAUCAGAAUUCGAAAAUUUCCGGCAUUGGUGAAUUGUUGCACGAUAGAUUGGCUGCAACCUUGGCCCGAGGACGCAUUGCUCGCUGUGGCGACUAAAUUCUUGGGCGAAAUCGAUCUAACGGAGAAGGAACGUGACGCCUGCAUCGAGAUGUGCCAAUUCUUUCAUAUGUCCACGCAGGAGUUGACAAAGGAGUUCCUGAGGAAGUCAAAGAGGUACAAUUACGUUACGCCUACCUCGUACCUGGAGCUCAUCAACACUUUCAAGGACCUGCUCGCAAAAAAGAGGAAGGAAGCGCUCGAUGGGAAAAAGAGGUACGAAGCUGGCUUGGAAAAGUUGGACAGUACUCACAGGCAAGUGGAGAAGAUGCAAGAGAUUUUAGUCGCGUUGCAACCGAAGCUCCUUGUCGCCGCUAAGGACGUGGAGGCCACGUUUCUCGACGUUCAAAGGGAAAGCGAGGAGGUAGCUGCCAUGGAGCAAGUCGUCAAGAGGGACGAAGAGGCUGCCAUGGUCGUCGCGAACGAAGCGAGCGCCAUUCGCGCAGAAUGCGACGCCGAUCUGCAAGAAGUGAUGCCGAUAUUAAACGCGGCGAACGAUGCCUUGAACACUCUGACUCCUCAGGAUAUUCAAAUCGUGCGAUCCAUGAAACGACCGCCAGCCGGUGUUCGAUUGGUGAUGGAAGCAGUUUGCAUUUUAAAGGACGUGAAACCGGAGAAGGUUAAGACUCCAGAUGGAGUUAUAGAUGAUUAUUGGAGGCCAUCUCUUCGCAUAUUGAGCGACAUGAAAUUCCUCGAAUCCUUAUUAACGUUCGAUAAGGACAACAUUCCAGAAAGGAUCAUGACGAAGAUCCGCACCACUAUCUUAACAAAUCCAAACUUCGAUCCAGAACGAAUCAGACAAGUUUCUACCGCCUGUGAAGGUCUCUGUAGAUGGGUCUUCGCUCUGUCAGAGUACGACAAGGUGGCGAAGAUCGUGGCGCCGAAGAAGCAAGCGCUGGCCUUGGCGGAGGCCGACUACAAUGAGGCCAUGAGGCAAUUGAACUUGAAGAGAAGUCAGCUCCAAGAAGUGCGUGACAGAUUGGCGAAGCUGGAGGAGCUGUUGGCUGAACGAAGAGCGGAGUAUCAGGCGAUGACGGACGAAGUGAACGAGUGCGAGGCAAGAUUAAGGAGAGCCAGGGAGUUGAUUGGCGGCUUAGGGGGAGAGUACACCAGAUGGUCCGAUACUGCGAAGGAACUGGGCGAGCGUUAUUACAAGCUGACGGGAGACAUUCUCAUCGGCUCCGGGAUCGUGGCCUAUUUAGGAGUGUUCACCACUCAGUAUAGACAGCAACAAAUCGACAACUGGGUGCAGAUUUGCACCGAUUUGGAAGUAAUUUGUACGAAGGACUAUCAGCUUACUCAGAUUCUAGGUGAUCCUGUGUUGAUACGGUCCUGGAAUAUUUUUGGUUUGCCCAGUGAUUUGUUCUCGGUAGAUAACGCGAUAAUUGUUACGAAUUCUCGACGAUGGCCCCUGAUGAUCGAUCCUCAGGGCCAGGCUAACAAAUGGGUGAAGAAUAUGGAGAAGGAAAAUAAUAUUCAUGUUAUUAGAUUGUCGCAGAGUGAUUAUAUGAGAGUGUUAGAAAAUGCUAUACAGUUUGGACAGCCAGUUUUGUUAGAGAAUGUGGGCGAAGAACUUGAUGCUGCAUUGGAACCGCUCUUGAUGAAACAAACAUUUAAGUCUGGUGGCGCGGAAUGUAUCAAGGUUGGGGAUUCUGUCAUCGAGUACUCUGCCAAUUUCCGAUUUUACAUUACAACUAAAUUACGCAAUCCUCACUAUUUACCGGAGGUAGCAGUUAAGGUAACACUACUGAAUUUCAUGAUCACACCGAUAGGCCUUGAAGAUCAGCUCCUCGGUAUUGUGGUAGCCAAAGAAAGGCCAGACUUGGAGUCUGAGAAGAAUCAGCUAAUCGUCCAAGGAGCCGCCAACAAGAAGAAACUGAAGGAGAUCGAAGACGAAAUUCUGGAAGUUCUGUCGACAGCAGAAGGAAAUAUUCUCGAGGAUGAAACAGCGAUUAGUGUACUUAGUUCGUCCAAGACUCUUUCUGAUGAGAUAGUCACGAAACAAACGGCAGCUGAGAUUACGGAAAAGUCUAUCGACGCUGCAAGAUUGGAGUACACGCCCAUAGCUGCUUACAGCACCGUUCUUUUCUUCACGAUUGCUGUCCUGGCGAAUAUUGAUCCGAUGUAUCAAUACUCUCUGGCCUGGUUCGUGAAUCUGUUCAAUAGCACAAUCGACAACACGGAACGGGUCGAAGACAUUCAGCAACGACUGAAGGACCUCACGAAGCACUUCACCUACUCACUUUACGUGAACAUAUGUCGGUCGUUGUUCGAGAAGGACAAGCUUUUAUUCUCGCUGCUGCUUUCGGUGAACCUGCUGAAUAAGCAGGGACGACUCUCGAUGCCCCAAUGGAUGUUUCUGUUGACCGGCGGCGUUGGCCUUGAGAAUCCUUUCGCAAAUCCCACGAAAUGGCUACCCUCGAAAUCCUGGGACGAGUUGUGUCGUUUGAAUAAUAUUCCAGGGUUUAUGGGAUUUCAAAACGCAUUCGAGACAACGCUGAAUGAUUGGAAAGCCAUCUUUGAUCAUAUGGAGCCUCACACUUUAACGUUUCCCGCGCCUUACGACAAGCUCAACCCUUUCGAGAGAAUGAUCGUGCUGCGAUGUAUGCGUCCUGACAAAGUUGUGCCAGCCGUCCAGCAAUUUGUAGAAGAACAACUGGGACAACAGUACAUCGAGCCGCCGCCCUUCGACCUGGUAUCGUCGUUCGCGGAUUCAUAUUCCUGCAGUCCCCUCAUAUUCGUGUUAACGCCUGGCGCCGAUCCUAUGGCGGUUCUACUGAAAUUCGCCGACGAUCAAGGUUUCGGUACAAACCGAUUGUUCUCCCUCUCUUUGGGUCAAGGACAAGGAGUUAUCGCCGCCCAGCUAAUCGACGAGGGAGUGAAAAAUGGUACCUGGGUGGUUCUGCAGAACUGUCACCUUGCCAAGAGUUUUAUGCCACAUUUGGAAAAGAUUUGUGAAAGCUUCACACCAGGAACUGUGCAUCCAGAUUUCCGAUUAUGGCUGACAAGUUAUCCAGUGGAGCAUUUUCCAGUUAGCGUCCUUCAGAAUGGUGUGAAAAUGACCAACGAGCCACCGAAAGGACUUAGAGCAAAUAUAAUCAGAUCUUUCUUGCAGGACCCAAUAUGCGAUGAGGAAUUUUUCGAGACUUGCAAGCAAAACGAGGCUUUCAAGAAGCUGCUUUUUUCCUUGUGCUUUUUCCACGCGAUUGUUCAAGAACGCAGGAAAUUUGGGCCGAUCGGUUGGAAUAAUCAAUACGAGUUCAACGAGACCGACCUACGGAUCAGUGCGCUGCAAUUGAGAAUCUUCUUGGAUCAGUACGAUGACGUUCAGUUUACGGCCUUGAAAUACUUAACAGGCGAAUGUAAUUAUGGCGGUCGCGUGACAGACGAAUGGGAUAGGAGAACUUUAAAUACGAUUCUUGUGAAGUUUUAUUGUAUGGAAGUCAUUGCACAGAAGGAAUACCUAUUCGAUCCUAGUGGUAUAUACUAUGUACCUGAAGUCAGUGAUUAUAACGAAUUUCUUGAAUAUAUUAGAUCCUUUCCAAUGGCCACUGCUCCUAGUGUCUUUGGGAUGAACGACAAUGCGGAUAUCAUUAAGGAUCAGCAGGAGACUACAUCGAUGUUGUCUUCCUUAUUGGCAACGCAGGACACGGGAGAAACGGAAACAGACGUAGGAAAAUCACCCGACGAGAUCGUCUACGGUGUAGCGUCUGAUAUUCUGUCAAAGUUGCCCGACGACUUCGAUCUGGUGGAUGCACUCGAGAAAUAUCCGACGUUAUAUAAUCAAAGCAUGAACACGGUGCUAGUCCAGGAAAUGGGAAGAUUCAACAAGCUUCUGCAAACGAUCAGGAAUAGCCUCAUAAAUGUUCAGAAGGCGAUCAAAGGUCUGGUGAUCAUGAACCCGGACCUCGAGGAGGUCUACGUAUCGAUAAUUACUGGAAAGAUAUCGAAGAUCUGGAUGAGGAACUCUUAUCCGUCGUUGAAGCCGCUAGGCAGUUAUAUACAGGAUUUCUUGAAGAGGCUCGCUUUUCUUCAGUUGUGGUACGACGAAGGACCACCGACAUCCUUCUGGAUCUCUGGUUUCUACUUCACACAGGCGUUUCUCACCGGCGCACAACAGAACUACGCGAGGAAAUAUUCAAUACCGAUAGAUUUGCUCGUCUACGACUUUGUCCCUUUGAAGGAUACUGUUUUCCCUGAACCACCAACCGAUGGUGUUUACAUUUACGGUCUAUUCCUCGAUGGAGCUCGUUUCAACACGAGCACGAUGAAACUUGACGAAUCACUGCCGAAAAUUUUGUACGACGUCGUUCCCUACAUUUGGCUGAUACCAAUGAAAAAGGAGGAUGUGGAGGAAAGAUACACAUAUACCUGUCCGGUGUACAAAACCACGGAGAGAAAAGGUGUUCUGUCGACAACCGGCCACUCGACGAACUUCGUAAUCGCCAUAUGGCUCCCGACGGACCAUCCACCGGAGCAUUGGAUUCUGCGUGGCGUAGCCAUGAUCUGCCAAUUGUCCGAUUAAACCUAUCGUCCCAUUGGAAUAACGAUUAUACUAUCUUCCGUUUAUGUAUCACGCAGCCGUAUAUCUCGUCGCCCAUCGGCAUACUUGUCCUUAUCGAUGAUAUAAUUGAAUUUGGUGUUCAAUUCCGACGAAGCGAUCAGAGGCAUCGUACGUUAAUUCGAUUCUCGAAGAGAGCCCGUCGAUCGAGCCAUUUUCUCGCUUAUCGUCCUCCUUAUCGCGAUAAAAAUAGUCGGAUCGAAGGCAGAAACUUUAUUCAACGCUGUUCAUUUUAUCGCUUUAUCGAUCACCGUCAGAAACAAUCGGUCCACCUUUCGAAAUUUCGUCGUCCGGCACGUUGUUCAUGGCGGAAACUAGCGGACGUUCUUAAAAUCCGCAAUCAAAAUCCGAGCUGUUUUUCCCAGUGGAGUGUCGUUUUGGGAACAUUCCGCACGUAAGCGAGGCACUACAACAGGUGGCGAUACAUCCGGGUCACAGGCUCUCCACUUCGCCUCUUGCCUGCCGAUCAAUCGACCGUUCAACAUCUUUGUAAAAAUCUUCAAACGAGUUUUAAAAAGUCAAUCGCUUGACGCAGACCAGACGAGGGGACCUACGGUAACGUGACGUAAAAAAAGCACAGGAAAGGAGUGCAAAAAAGGGAAGAGAAAAAAUCAAGCGAAGAAGGAAAUCGGUCUGGACACAGGUGAAACAAGGUAGAGAUAUAACAAGGCUGAUUUUCGAUAUACAGUUCGACAAACCGGCGAGAACGUAUCCGCCGCAAAAUCGAGAUUCCUAUGCAAACGGCUAUCGUAAAUAUUGCAAGCGGUAUCAAGAGCCUCGCAGAGCCAGGUGCAGGAGAGAUUUCGAAGGCAGCGUACGUCCGCAGGAGAUAGCAGGGUUGGUGACGGCGAGGAAAAGCAGUAGAGCCGGCUACAGGGCGGAGAAACAUAUAGAGAGAAACAUAAAGAGACAGAUAGAGAGAAAGGGAAAGAGAGAGGAUGAAAAACAGUAGGAUGAGGAGUAACCAGAAGGGUGGGAAGAGAGAGGCGAGCACACGGGGUAUAUUCAGAGAGCAACGGGAGGCAGGUCGGUUCGGGGGGUGGCUAGUGGGUGGCUUCAGGGGUUGGUGGCGGCACCCUGUCUACCCGGACUGAGAUCGCCGGAGGCUCGUUGCCUAGCGACCUCGUAUUGAUCUCUCCCCGUAUCUCGGCUUUUCCCCUUUCCCACGUGAUUCUCUCCUCCCCCUUUCGCUUCUCUCUCCUAUACUUCCCCUCGCCGUUUGCCUAACCCUCUCUUCGCGCGGAUCCCUUCAUCGCGUUCCUGUCUUCGUUUCUUUUCCUCUCUCCUUCCCUCGGCUCCUUUUUUGUCCUCUCUGUAUCCCUCCGGUCUCCUUUUCCUUCCUGCUCGGGCUCAACUUUUUUCUCCUUUUUCUCCUUUCUUUCCUUCUUUCUUUUUCUCCACCGGUUUCUUCUUCGUUUCGCCUUCGUUAUAUAGGUUCCUUCUGUUUGCGUGUUUCGAGUGCUCUCAGCUUCUCCCUGGACCACGGAGAGAGAGAGAGAGAGAGAGAGAGAAAGAGAAACGAUGUCGGUAGCAUUGGUCGACGGUCGAGGUGACGACAUUAGGAUCGAAUGAUUAUUCGAUGAAAAUCCACGGAAUGGACCGUGUUACAGCCGGUGAAUCGCGAAACUAUAGGGGAAGUAUUUGGAAACUUUUUCCCGAGGCCUGGUUUAUAUCUCCGUUAAAAAAUUCCAAAUAGCUCCUCCCCACUUUUUUCACUGAACGAAACGCUUGUUUCAUUUAUUCAUUCUUCUUUUUUCUCCUAGCGGUAAAGCGCUGACUGGUAGAAUCAACUUCACGCUGGAGUAAUCCGGUGAAUUAUAGACGAGCAUAUUCGGCUUAUGAUUUCGCGUGCUGAUUUUACGGUGCACGCGUCCCUCGCGUCAGCCGGAAACGACGUCGAAAUAGUCGGCCAUGGAGGCGGAACGAGCACCGGGGAAACGCGGAUACCGCCGAUAAUUUGCGUAAUUUGCGGCAACGUGAAAGGACUCGGUCGAAGAAAGUUGAAGGACCCUCGAGGAGUUGGUAAACACUCCUACAUAGUUGCGUUAAUCAUUCCCCACAUUUUAGACGAGGGAUUAGAUUUCGAAUGUUUCCAACGAAGGUGAGGGAAGAGAUUGAUAAAUAUUCAUUUAUCUGGAUGCAACGUCGAACGAAGGCGUGGAAAGGAUGUAAUUAAAGCUUGCACAGCUAUCGCGAUGCUUCGAUACCGUCCCUUGAUAUCGACGUCUUUCUCAACCGAUGCUGAUGAACCUACAUUGAAAUAUUUAAAGCGCGUUUCAUAAAAGAACCGACGUUAACUCGAAGCCGGAGUUUCGAAAUAUAGUAAUACUUCCUUUGUACGUUUCUCUCUCUUGAAAUUGUUCGUAUAAGAUUACUUAAAAAGGAUAGUGGAAGAGGCGUCCGUAUCUCUUCCGCUACGUUGCCUCGAUCGAACAUUUUUACACCCGGUGUAACUUUUCUCGGUGUCUAACUAUCAUUGUGGGCGAAUUAUUUUCUCCCAUCACCCUCGCCCCUCGGUCUAUAUACCCGUGGAACCAUUUACCUCCUCUUCGUAGAAUAAUCAACUCCUCCUUCUCUCUUUACCAAUCUAACUCCAGUUUUCUACUUCAAAGUACUCGAAAAAAGUAGCAUCCCGUGUAAAUUGAUUCAGCAGCGAGUCCACUCGAAAGGGAUGGCCGUUAAUCGUGCUCCAUGGUCGCAUAAAAUCAACUAAUUUGCAAUCAACGCGUAUCAGAGCUUGGCCUUCUCUCAUCGAGGAACAUAUCACCUGAAUGAAAUUUAUUCGUUGAUCGAAUUGCAAAGGGCGAGGGUAUCGCCGUUUCUGUAGUGGCCGCGUCUUGUUUCGUUUCACGUCCACCCCCUUUCAUCCCCCGUUUCGAGCUUCUUUUUAUUGGCAAAGUGACCUUCAUCUGAAUCUCUUUGUCGCGCCUACGCCGGAGGAGAUGGAGCGAGAGAAUUUCGGGAGCUGGUCAGGGGUGGCGUGGCGAAAAUGGCAUACCUUUUACUUUUACCUUCGACCGGCCUUCACCGUGCCAUGAGAACGCUUUUCGUUGAUGCAUGGUUUACCAGGAGGUUGCUUUCGCGCUUCGCUACCCACCUACGGAGCUCGUGGCUUCUUACGAGAUAACGACCGUGCUUUUACCUUGAGAAGAAGAUUUGAUUGAUGAUCAGGACACCGAUGAGGGAAACUCGUCAAGGACUUUCGGCAAGCUUCUGAUAGGAAUCUUCUCUCUGACGGUAUUUAUCAUCUCUUACGAAACUUAUGAAUGGUGUGAUGUUUUAUGAGUCUUUAUAUCACAUUAUGCGAGAUAUGAAUGAUUGAUCGAAUUUUACGACCGUUCUUUAUCUCAAUAGAAAUAUCGAGAAAUCUGUGUCCUUUAUGCUGAUGAGGUUUCUUAGUUUCUUUUUUUUUAUCUCCGUAACACGCAGGAUGGAGAUAAUGGGAAAAAAGUAAAAGGGAGGGGAGGAACGAGAGUUAACAAGCGUUCGUUCGGGUUACACUUUAUUGCGUGAUGGUUCCAGCGACCAUUCAGUUCGAUCGGUUGUCUGCUCGACGAGGAGAGGAACGCGGAAGGGAACGAUUGUAAAACUCUAUGCUGGUGAAAGUCACGACGAUUGUAGAUAAUCAGAAGCGACAGGUUAGACAACUUGGUAAUUAUAGGAGCGGGUUUAUCAUUUUGAUGCGUUUUGUGGAUCGCUGGAAAGAAUGUGCGAUGCAUUGGUUACGUAUGCUCGUUUAUUCCAACCACAUUACAUCAUGCAAUUAAACAUGUUUCUUCAUACGAAUGUGUUAUUAGUAAAUCGGUCACACACCUUGCUUUCACAAAUACGUUAUAUAUACACUCUCAAACCUUAAUUACAGUUCUUGAUCAAUCGAAAACAUUCGUUCUAAUAAAAUAUAAGGUAAAGUAGUUUGGUCGUUCUAAUAUCUACGUAAUCUACGUAAAUCUACGUAUCUAAGAUGUUAUUGGUUCUUGCAACGAUGCCGAGGUUCGCGUCAUUAAUAAUCGCUACUCUCGGCGAGGAGCAAAGAUAGAUUCGUCGAUAUCGGACGAUGGAGGUUACUCUUGAAUAUCGCACGGUAUUUAUAAAAUUAUAUUCUUGAAAACGCGAAACCUCGCGAUAUCUAAAUUUAGGUUUAAAAUUCUGCUGUUAAUCUAUAUACUUACAGGAAAAAAUACUUUAUUACGAUCAAGCUUUAUACGACAACCGAAAUUCAUGAUCCUUUAAAGCUCUGUUACGUCCUCCUAUAUUGCUAUUCUCGUUACACACAUUUGCAAGAAAAAAGUUCGUUAUAACGAUCGAGUAAAAUAUGUUCUCCGAAUUCAAAGUAUUUUACGGUUCGAAAUUAUGGCACGUUUCUCUACGUUCGUGUCUUUAUCAUCCCCAUUCGCAAGGAAAGAAUUUUCUAUGAUAUUAAUAACAAUAAUCAAAUAAUCUAGAUCUCUCAGACCUAAAACUCGAUCAUCUCUACACUAUUUCUACACUAUAUUUACAAAUUUAAGAACAAACUAAUUCCGAUAAUCUAUAAUAACAAUCGAAUAAUCUAAAUUGCUAUUUUUCUUUUUAAAAAAGCUUCUCUAUAAUAAUCGAGUAUAGAAAAUAUUCUCUCCACCGAUCGAAUAAUCUACGUUAUUACCAACUCGUCUCAAAUCCCGAGUAUAACGGCGUAUCCUCCCCAACCCCCGUUGCAAUCGAACCGCUUUUCCGAUAACGAAAGCCUGCGUACGCUUGAUUUCGCGAUCGUCGUUUCUAAUUCGCGUGCACAGACGUCCAUUAUCCGCGGCGGAGAUUCUCUGCGGUGCCCCGUGGAAAGCUGGAAAUAAAGAAAAAGAGAGAGGAUGCUACGUCUGGCAGGUGGAGGGAUGAAACCGACGAAAAGGGACAGUGGUUGAGCAUCGGGCCUGAAUAAUGGAGGAAACUGCUGGAGUGUUGGACGGGUCUGUAGAGUGAGGACGCGUUUCCUUUAACAGGGUAUACGUAUAACCGGGGUAGAGGAAAAUCGAGCUCUCGGUAGCCGCGUUGGUAGAAGGUGGAAGCACAGAGCAUCGGCGGUUGGUAUUGGUAACGUGGCAUCGUUGCUGGAGCCGCGGCGGUCCAGGGGGAUGCUGGCGAGAAGGGAUGGGUUGCCAGGCAACGUACGUCCACCCUUAAACCUCCGUUCACUCCUUACCACCCCCCUAUGCUAGCAGUCACCCCCUCUUGCCACCGGCAGCUCGUAUUUGCCCGUUCCGCGGAUGAGGACUCGGUCGAUACAAGCGGCCGUUUUCGUCGUACGUUCGGGAAUUCCCCAAUUUCCAUUACGGGGGUGCUGACUUUAAGCCCUCUCUCCCACCCUUAUCGCCGCUCGUGCCACGCUGGGACACUUAAAACGAUUGCUAACCCUGCUCUCUAUGUCUCUGCUGCUCGUUGAUGCCGCUCUACGAUCAUCGCUGGGUUCGAUCACGAGUUUGUCCUUGAGAAAGUCGAGGGAUUGGGAACAAACCGUAGGAAGGGCUCCCUUCGUUGUUUUGUAGAAUUGCGUGGAUCGUUUUUGGUAUCUUUUCAGGGUUGAAAAUACGUCCAAGGAAAUGUAAACGUGGUGGGAAAAUAAGUCGUGAUAAAUUGGGAAUGAAUUGAGUAUAUGGGUGUGUAGAAUAUGGUAGAAUGGGAAAAGUUGAUGAAGCAUUGUAAUUUAUAUUAUUGUGAUCGUACGUGGUCACGUAAUGAGGAUUAGAGGAUCUUCGUCGGUUUGUAAUAGAUUGUGAAAAAUUAAUUGACGUGUUGAGUAAGGUUCUUUACAGGAUGAAAUUACCGAGACCGAGGCAGAGAGAGAGAGAGAGAGAGAGAGAGAAAGUUCAAGGUUCCUUACCUGAUAUGGUUAGGCACUCGAUGGGAGUAGAAAAAGAAAAAGAAAGAAGUAGAGAGAAUCGUGAUGGAGAAAUGAUUGAGAGACGCAGGUAUAAUAGACGGGGGUAAACGAUAUUUCUUUUUAUUGUUAAAAAGAAUGCAUAUGUACACAGUCGAAGAGGAGCUGUUACUGUACAUGAUCUCACUUUACAACAAACUUAAAGUUUCACUCUGUUAUCAAACUGAAAUUCUACAAUUCUACAAAUUCUAGCAGGAAGAAUAAAAAAAAAAAUGAAAAACAAAAGGAUUUUCUUGAACUACUGAAGUCUCGUCUACUUGAAAUCAUUCAAAACUAUUACUACGAUCCACUUUUACGGUCUACUAUUAUUAAGAUAUAAAACUAAAAAAAAAAAAAAAAAAAAAAUAGAA